AGAUUAAUUAUAAUAAUCAGAGAUUUAAAUUUUGCUCAUGGUGUGCUAAAUCCACCUACAGUUCAUCCAUUGUGUUAAAACUGAAAUUAUGCUAAUUUUUGUGACUGAUUUCUUAGGUCUGUUUAUGUCCUGCUCUCCAUUAUAGUACAACUGGAAGAAAAAUUGAUGUUCUAGUAGUCAAUUGACAAAGAGCAAAAUUGUAACAAAAGAAAACAAAAUUAUUCAUCAUUAAUUAUAGUUUUAUUCGAAGUUGAAUUAAUAGAGUUGUUAGUAUUAUUAGAUUGAUUUCAUCGGGUGAAGCAGUACUAUUACUAACUAAUCUACAUCCAUCUUCAUCACCUUUUCUACUUGCUUUGUAAUAAAAGCUUUGGCAAUAGAAAGUAGUAUUAUUUGGUUGAUUUCAUUGGUGGAAACCUAAUGGAGAUGGUUGGCAACAACUCCUCUUAGAGGGUUCACUUCUCUAUUUAUACAAAGUUCUUCCCUUUAGCCAUUUUCAUCAUCACAAGCUUUGAGUCAUCUAAUUCUCAUCAAACAGACUCUUACUAAUUACUUCUUCCACUCUUUCAAUUCAUCAGCUAAAAUGAUGAAGAGCGACUCAGUAGCAAUUGAUGUGCCGGAAUCUAGCUCUGUGGCUAAACGGAAAGCACCUUUCAUGGCAAAUAUUAGAGAUGAAAAUGGUGGCUACAAGAAAGGACUUGCAAUUUUUGAUUUCAUUCUCAGGCUAGGUGCUAUAGCCGCUGCUCUUGGUGCUGCUUCUACCAUGGGAACUAGUGAUGAAACCCUUCCUUUCUUCACUCAGUUCUUCCAGUUCAACGCUGGUUAUGAUGAUUUUCCCACUUUUCAGUUUUUUGUCAUUGCAAUGGCAAUGGUUGCUGGAUACCUAGUUCUUUCUCUUCCAUUCUCUAUAGUAUCCAUCUGUCGUCCUCAUGCAGCUGGACCAAGAAUCCUACUCUUCAUUUUGGACACUGUGGCACUUACUUUAAACGCCGCAGCUGGCGCAGCCGCAGCAGACAUAGUCUACUUGGCUCAUAAUGGCAAUCAAACCACAAAUUGGCUGGCUAUCUGCCUACAGUUCGGAGACUUCUGCAGGGAAGUUAGUGGAUCAGUGGUGGCAUCGUUUGCAUACAGAAGUUAG